CUGAGACUGUACUGUGACCAGUAGAGAAGGGCAGACAGUCAUUUGAGGUGCAACAGCCUAGAUUGGACAUCAUGUCUGGGAAGCGUAGUCGGUCCCGUAGACCCCGAACUAAAAAACAGGGCCGGGGUCGGAAGGGAGGGGGUGAGACAGGUUCUGUGGUUGAGACUAGGCCACUGGCCUCAGGGGCCCCCCAGGAUGGGGCGGGUCAGGGAAAGCACGUGAUAGAGGAAAUGGAUGAGAUGGGCAAGUCAGUUCCUGUGGGGCACCCUGAACCAAUGGUCAGAUCAGAUUGCUCAGGGGCAAUAGAGGUGGUAGAGGCUUCAACUGCAAGCCCAGAACUGGUGUUAGUCUCAGCCAUGGAGCUGGGGGGAUAUGGGGCCAGCUGCCCUGACCCGGCCCUGGCCCAGGAGGUAUUGAGACUCCAAGAGGUCCAGCUGUGUCUGGAGAGGGAGCAACUCUUAUUGGAGGACCGCCGGCAGCAGAUCCAGCUACAAUUGCAGUUGGAGGAGCAACUGUGGCGAGAAGAACAGCUAUGGCAAGAGGAACAGCGAUGGCUGGAGCAGUUACAAGAAGAGCAUGCAUGGGUACGAAUGGAGGGGAUUGAGUUGGCCCUGGAACUGGAGCAGCUAAGGACAGGUGGCUUUGAACAGCAAGAGGAACAGGUGCAUGUUCAGCUCCCGGGCCCGACUGCCAUGGCGCGCCGAUCUCAGAGCUCCUCGCAGGGGGACAAUCCCCUGGCUCCAGACUACCUGCCUCCCCACUACAAGGAGUAUUAUCGGCUGGCCCUAGAUGCCCUGGCUGAAGGGGGAGCUGAGGCCUACCGACGCUUCCUGGCCGAUGAGGGAGCCCCUGACUUUCUGUGUCCUGACGAGCUGGCUCAUGUGACCCGCCAUUUGCAGCAGCCCCAGCAUGCCUCCCGGGAGAAUGCCACUGCCCGGGGAAGUGCCUCUGGAUCCCUUCCCCAAGCAGAUGGUGACGUGGACAUGGAUGGGUCCUCUGGAACCUACUGGCCUGUGAAUUCAGACUUGGCUGUGCCUGAACUUGACCUUGGUUGGCCUAUGACCUUUGGCUUUCAGGGCACCGAGGUGACCACUCUGGUGCAACCACCGCCACCUGACAACCCCAGCAUCAAAGAUGAGGCCCGAAGGAUGAUCAGAGCUGCCCAACAGGUGGUGGCCAUUGUGAUGGACAUGUUCACAGAUGUAGACCUGCUGAGUGAGGUCUUAGAUGCAGCUGCCCGGCGGGUCCCUGUCUAUAUCCUCCUGGAUGAAAUGAAUGCUCAGCACUUUCUGGACAUGGCUGAAAAAUGCCGGGUCAACUUGCAUCAUGUGGAUUUCCUUCGGGUUCGCACAGUCUCGGGCCCUACAUAUUACUGCCGCACAGGAAAGUCUUUCAAGGGCCAUGUGAAGGAGAAGUUCCUGUUGGUGGAUUGUGCUGUGGUGCUGAGUGGGAGCUACAGUUUCAUGUGGUCCUUUGAGAAGAUUCAUCGGAGCAUCGCUCAUGUGUUCCAGGGAGAGCUGGUAUCCAGCUUUGAUGAAGAAUUCCGCAUUCUCUUUGCUCAGUCUGAACCAUUGAUCCCUGCAGCUGGGGCCUUGGCCCUGGCCUUGACCCAUGCGGACACUUAUGCCCUGACUCCCUACGGGGGCCCAGGGCCCAUGAUGGGGGGUCCUAUAGGAGGACCAGGGUCCUUUUUCCCCAAGCGUCCCCACUUGCUGUUCCCACCUCGUGAUGAGGGACUGGGCUUCCCUUCCUUCUUGGACCCUGACCGUCACUUCCUGUCAGCCUUCCGCAGGGACGACCUAUUUCGGCACUCAGGGGGUGCAGGAGACAUGCAUGGGCUCAGAAUGCUCUCACGUCGGCCUGGCAUGGAGGUAGAGGCUGGCCAUGGUGGAGACCCCAGUGCUCGUGGCUACCUCCGUGCCAAGCACUUAGAGAUGGAAGCCGGGCAUGGUGGAGACUCUGGUAAUCGGGGCUUUCUCCGAGCCAAGCAUCUGGAGAUGGACGCCUUCAAGCGGCACACCUUUGCUGAUGGAGCCAUGGAGAACUUUGCUUCGUCCCGCCAGGUGUCCCGUCAGAUGUUUGUUAGCCACGGGGAUGACUUCCGCUUUCAGACCAGCCACUUUCACCGUGACCAGCUCUACCAGCAGCACUAUCAGUUCGAACCCCAGUUUACAGCUACCCGGCCCCAGGGCUUGUUUGAGAAGCUGCGGGCUGGACGUCCGGGUUUCGGGGACCCUGAAGAUUAUGGGAUAGAGGGGAGCCCUCGUUUCCCAGAGUUAGAGUCAGGCUUUGGCCCUCACCCUGAGGGCCCUGGUGGACACCUGCGGCUGGAUUACGUGCCAUCCAAUGCAUCAAGGGAAGUCCGACAUGGCUCUGACCCUGAACCCCGUGGACUGGAACCUGGUGCCCCACAGCGCCCCAACAUUGGGCAGAGAUUCCUUUGCCAGUCAUCACCUACACAAAAGCAGAGUUUGGAGCAACGGUGGUUCCCACCAGAGGCUGAAAUGGAAAUGGAACCCAACCGGAAGGGUGGAGCUGAGGGCCGGGCAGGGUUACGCAACUGGCGUAUCUCCUCCUAUCUCAGUGGCUGUCAGUCUGAUGGUGGAGAUGAGGGUCUGCCUGGCCCCAUGGAGGCAGAAUCUUAUGAUGAAGUCCUGGGUGACCCCACUGGCCGCUGCCCUCUACCCACUGGGGACCUGCUCCCUUCCUCUUUCAGAACUGGGGGACCUUUUUCCUCAAAGGCUGUAGGUGGAGGGGAUGGCCCUGAGCGAGAGGUGGCUGAUGGGACAGGCUUGGUCAAGCAGGACUCAUUCCGCUCCCGCCUUAACCCCCUGAUCCAGAGGAGCUCCCGGCUUCGCUCCUCCCUCAUUUUCAGUUCUUCCCAAAAGGAGGGACCUGGAGUCGGGACUGGUGGUGCUGGGGCCACAACCGAGAAAGUACAGCUCUUCCAGAAGGAGCAGACAGUCAGUGAGACUGUGGGUGAAGGUGGUGAGACAGUGCGGACAGCCUCGUCUUCCAAGGUGGCAGAACUGCUGGAGAAAUACAAGGGCCCGGCUCGGGACCGGGACCAGGAUAAGACGGGUGGCGUGGUCACUGUUAGCAAAGCAGCGGUGUCACAGUCCUGGCGGGAAGAGACUGGGACAGGGGGUGGGGGCACAGGGGGAGAGCGACGUAGCCUUGAGAGCUGCCUCUUAGACCUUCGUGACUCCUUUGCCAGUCGGCUGCAUGAAGAGGCUGAGAGACAGCCAGGGGCAGCCACUCUGAGUGCCGCCCAGCUCCUUGACACCCUGGGUCGGGGCACUGACAGACUGCCCUCUCGAUUUCUUACAUCUGAUGGUAGGGCUGCCCUGACCCAGGGCAGGGCAAGUCCUCCACCUGAGAGGAAAGGGAGCCCCACACCAGCAUAUCCAGAGAGGAAGGGAAGCCCUGUGCUGGAGAGGAGAGGGAGCCCCACACCAGCCUAUCCAGAGAGGAAGGGAAGCCCUAUACUGGAGAAGAGAGGGAGCCCCACGUCAGCAUAUCCAGAGAGGAAGGGGAGCCCUGUGCCGCCUCUCCCCGAGAGGAAGGGGAGCCCUACUUUUGCCUAUCCUGAAAGGAAGGGGAGCCCUGUGCCACCUCUCCCUGAGAGGAAGGGGAGCCCCACCUCAGCCUAUGCUGACCAGAGGAGCAGCCCCCUACCUCCAGUGCCUGAACGGAGGAGCAGUCCUAUACCCCCAGUGCCUGAGCGGAGGAGUAGCCUCACAUUUACUGGGGACCAGAAGGCAGGGUCCCCUGGGGAGGCAGACGCUGGUCGCCAAGAACCCAGUCCCAUGGAGUUCUUGCGUAAGGGCUCACUUCGCCUGAAACAGCUGCUGAGUCCCAAGGGGGAGAAAAGGAUAGAAGAGGAGGGUGGCUUCUUAGGGCCCCAGGAGAACGGGCAGCCCGAGAGCCCUCACCGGCCACCACGGGGAGACAGCCCUGAGGUCAGCCUGGAGGAGCGGGCUUCCCGGCCUCGCUUGGCCUCUGCCACCGCUAAUGCCCUCUACAGCAGUAACCUGCGGGAUGACACCAAGGUGAUAUUAGAGCAGAUCAGUGCUCAGAGCCAGAAACAUCGGGGUGGGUCCGGGCCUGGGGCUGGGGCCGGGGCCGGGGCCGCAGCCCACAGCAGUCCUGAGCUGUACUGCUCACCUGCGGCGGCCCUGGACGCCAGCCGGGCCCACGAGAUGUCUGACAAGGACAAGUGCUCGGCCAUCUUCCGCUCAGACAGCUUUGGGGGCCAGAGUCGCUUCAGUCGGACACUGCCGGCCAGUCUGGAAGAGCGAGACACCCUGCUGCGAAAGAUGGAGAGUAUGCGGAAGGAAAAGCGUGUCUACAGUCGGUUUGAGGUCUUCUGUAAGAAGGAAGAGGCUGGGGCGGGUGAGGCUGGGGCAGGUGAGACUGGGGCAGGUGAGGCUGAUGCUAGGGACCGCAAGGUGGGCAAGUUCAUGCCCAAAAUCUUGGGCACCUUCAAGACCAAGAAAUGAUCCAAUACCCUGGCAAUCCUUCCUGCCCAAAGUGUCACCGUCACUGACCCACAUUACCACUACACACUCAAUUGUGGGUCCAGGGCCUAAGCCAGAUGCCAAAUCUGUAAACAGGGUGGGAUGAGAUAGGGUGAGGAAUGGGUGCCCACAUCCUGAAGAGCAGGCUGUCCUCUUGGGCUUUUAAGGGAUGUCAUUACCCAGGUGUGGAGGACCGCCCCUACCCUCACUGGGCUCCCAGUGCCCCUGGGCAGACCUAAUCCCCACCAAGAUACACUACUGCCUUGCCUGCCUUUGGAAUGUGGGCUCUACCUGUCUGGGGGGACCAUCGCCAUCUGCCCAUUGGGUUCUGUUGGUUUGUUCAUCUGUUCAUUCUUUUUUCCUUUUUCCCCGAGCCCUUACCUUAAAUUAGAAGGUGCAUAUUUCACCCCCCUCUACCUCCACACACUGGUCUGCUUAGCCAUCUGCAGAUCCCUUCUCCCACUGCUCUGCUGAACUAUCUGCCUAUCCCCCUCCUCAGCCUGUGAGCACGUUCCUCAGUUGGGGAAAGUACUAAUAAUGCUCAUUUGAACAGUUUUACAGUUUAUUUAGAAUAGUCGUACCCUCUCUCACUGGAUCCUCAUAAUGGCCUCCUGAAGUAUUUUUGCAGGUGAGGAAAAGAGUCGAGAAAAGUGAUUUGUUAUACAGCUAAGAAACUGCGGAGUUGGAACAAGAGAUCAGGUUUCUUGGAUCCUUUUCUGGUUCUGUUUUCCAUUGUCCCAAGUUGCCUCUCCCACAGAGAGUGUGGAAAAAUCUUUGCUUUUUGAGGUGUUUUUUCUCCCAAAAGAGCUCUUACCGUCUUGGGAGGAGGGAACAUGUCCUCCUAGAGAAAGGUCUUAGCAUCAGAAACUUAUCUUGUAGCAUG